GUAAAACUACCAAUCUGCGUUUUCACUGUAAUUUGAUCCUUGCGAUUAUUGACUGGUACAUCGAAUUUCGCUGAAGAAAACUGCUUCGUCGUUGACAUGGGUGCAACAAGCGUUUCAUUCCUUUUAAUUUUGUUGGUUGGAGUUACUCGUUAUUCUGUUGGUGCUCCACUUGGGAAAGAAGUACUACGUGACCGAAUCAAAGAGUUCUUCAGGCGGAUGGCCUAUCUCUGUGAAUAUCAACAACCAAAGCUGAAUGACUUGGCAUACGAAACAAAAAGAGCUUUUGCUAAAAAAUACUUCGGCGAUCCUCUGGAAGCAAGACCAGUAAACAUUAAAGGAGUAGAGCUGCUGGAUAACCGCAAAAGGCUCCCGUUGCACGUUUUUGCAUCGAAGGCAUACAAACAAGUGGCUAUAUUUCACUCAGUCUUCCAAGAUAUUACACAAAAUUGGUCCCAGAGUCAACGAGAACACAAAGAAAUUAAAGAUAACCUUAGAGGCAUUCAAGGACGCCUUCAACACCUGAAAAAACUCAUGGAGAAAGUGGUCCGUUUGAGUUCCCAGUCCCCUGGAAAUUCUUCUCUGCCUCAAGUUCCACAGCCAAACAAAAAAAUCUGGAGCGAUUCUAUUCAUCGACAGAAAGCCUGGAUAUUAGGAGUAUUGGGAGAGUUCAAACUUAGUCUCAUUUACCUGCGGCCCGCCAUAAGAAAGCGCGCGUGUAAAACAUGCAAAGUGAACUGA